UACCGAAAGAACUAAGAAUAUGAAUUACUGCAGUCACGAAAGCUUUAAAUCAAAAUUUAACCACGUAACACAUCAAGCCUGGAGGGAAACCCUGUGUGCUAACACCACGUAACCCACCAAGCCUGGAGGGAAACCCUCUUUGCUAACACCACAUAACACCACAUAACCCAUCAAGUCUGGAGGGAAACCAUCUGUGCUGACACCACGUAACCCAUCAAGCCUGGAGGGAAACCCUCUGUGCUAACACCACGUAACCCAUCAAGUCUGGAGGGAAACCCUCUGUGCUAACAUCACGUAACCCAUUAAGUCUGGAGGGAAACCCUCUGUGCUGACACCACGUAACCCAUCAAGUCUGGAGGGAAACCCUCUGUGCUGACACCACGUAACCCAUCAAGUCUGGAGGGAAACCCUCUGUGCUGACACCACGUAACUCAUCAAGCCUGGAGGGAAACCCUCUGUGCUGACACGGUGGUCCGGUCCUCGCGUCAGGGUUUGGGGGUCGAGAAGGCGGAGUUUCGCCUCCCCCUCUCUUCCUCUCACCUCCUCCUCGUCGUCGUCUCUCCCUCUCUCGUUCGUCGACCCCGGAGCCCGAACCCGGGACUCGAACUCAUGACCCGGAGCGAGCGGCGCGGAUUUUGCGGAGGUGCAACAGAGCGAGAGAGAGAGACAGUACACGACGGUCUAUGCCGGGGAGUUUUGGAUUCGAAAGCCAGACGCCGGAACCUGGGAUCUCGACUGCCCCAGUUCUCCGCUGCUCAGCCUUCGCUCCCCGAUUGACGGAGGGGAGCGGAGGUGAAUGGGCAGAGCCGCCAUGCCUCUGAAUAAAAAGCUGGAGGUGUCGUCGGGGACCUUGGUAUCCAGCGCGCUGCCCCGAGGUUACCUGGGCUCUGCCGCGCUGCCGCCCGGCGCCUUCCUCCCCGAUGGCGGCGCAUGUGGAUUCCCGCCCCCGGGUGGUGGCGGCGGUGGAAGCGGCGGCGGGGGAGGCGGCCUGCUGUCGGCGCGCGCCGCCCGCCUCUCAGGGGCCCUGGGCCCCGGCUACCACCUGGGCCACCUUCCCUUCGGCAUCGGCGUCUCGAGCGCCGCCGCGGCCGCCGCCGCUGGUUACCUCAUCGACGGCCUCAACCUGUGCUACCCGAGCGGCGCCGGCAUGGGCGGCGGAGCCGGCGUACUGAUGAGCGGGUUGGCAGUGCCGUGCCCACUGGGCGGCGUCCUGGCGGUGGGCGCGCACGCGCGGGCGCGCGGCAGCGACGAGGUGCGACCACGAGACUCUCCCGCGGCACGAGCGCUCUCCUCCUCGCCGCUGCGCUCCCCUUCGUCGUCCUCCUCCGCCUCCUCCGCCUCUUCCUCCUCCUCUUCCCUGUUGCUGUCGGCGACGUCGCCGCCCGCAUCGUCGUCGUCGCACAAACCGCCGCACCACUCGCGCGGAUGUGACGCGCUCAGCCGCAGCUUCCCGGGAGGGUCGCUGUCGCGGGCGCUGCGCGAGGCGCGGCAGGGAGCCCCUGGCCGGCGUCUCGGCACCACCGCCAUCAUCCUGGACGAACCCCCAUGGCUCUCCUCCGACGACGAACUCGGCGACGCCUACUUGGUGGCGCGGGGAUUGAGCCGCAGCUUCCCGGGCGGCGAGCUGGCGGGGGCGCUCCGCCUGGUGCGCUCGGGGGAGGGGUUGGGCGACGGCGCGGGGCCCCCCGCGCUGCCCCCACCACCGCCCCCCCCACCGCACCCCAGCGAGGCGCGACUCCGCUCCGCGGAACUGCGGGCUCCGCGGGACCGGACGGCAUCGUCUUCGGAUGGCGCCGCCGCUGCCGCGGGCCUCAGCUGGAGCUACCCUGAGAGCAGCCUGUCGAAAGCGCUGCGGGAGGCACGUCAGGCCGACGCCGAGGAGCCGUUUGGCAGUGGUGGUGGCGACGCGAGCACCCUGAGCUGGAGCUACCCCAGCGGAGUGUUGUCGCGCACUUUGCGCGAGGUUUGCGGAGAGAGGCGUGCCGGUGGUGCCGGUGGUGCCGGUGGUGCCGGUGGUGCCGGUGGUGGCGGCAGCGCUCACACCCCUGUGGCUGGCGUGCAUUCUGCGGUGCCUCCUGCCCCAGGUUCGCCGGAGCGAGGGCAGCCGCGGCGUCGCGGCGCAGGGGCGGCAACGCGGGGGCCUGGGAGGGCGCGUGGCGGCCGAGGGGGUGUCGGCGGUCAUGCGUCGGGGGCCGGCUCCGCUCGUGCCACCCGCGGGGGUGCCGGCGGGGGUCUGAGCAGGAGCUACCCUGGCAGCACGCUGUCCAAGGCGCUGCAGCAUGCGCGAGGCUCCGGCGGCGGCCAGGGUCUGUGUGCCAGCACGGGCAGCCUGCCGUCGGCCACAGGGGGCGGGCGCGGAAGCCGGGGCGGGCGGCACGGGGGCGGAGCGUCGGCGUCCACGGCGGCGCCCGGCGGCGGCGGUGGAGGCCUCGAGAGCGAGGACGAGGAGCUCACCAACCUGGACUGGCUGCACGAGAGCAAGAACCUCCUGCGCUCGCUGAGCCUGGUGGGUGGCGCGGGCUCUGGCGGGGGAGGCGGUGUGACCGGCGGGUGCAGCGGGGGCCUCCUGCUGCGCUCACUGAGUCCGCUGCGCGACGCCAGUGCUGGCGGCUCAGGAGCCACGCCGCCGCCACUGCUGCCGUCGUUCCCCGGGUCGCCGGAGCAUGGCCACGGCGGGGGCGCCGGCUCAGGCGGGGGUGGGAAGCCCCCCUACUCGUUCAGCUGCCUCAUCUUCCUGGCCAUCGAGUGCUCGGCCGGCAAGCGACUGCCCGUGCGCGACAUCUACAACUGGAUACUGGAGAACUUCCCGUACUUUGCGAGUGCUCCCACGGGCUGGAAGAACUCCGUGCGACACAACCUUUCGCUCAACAAGUGCUUCCGCCGGGUGGAGAAGGAUCGCAGCCAGGGCAUUGGAAAGGGUUCCCUGUGGUGCAUUGACCCCGAGUACCGGCCCAGCCUGCUGCAGGCCCUGCGCAAGACGCCCUACCAGUCCUACUCGCACGUCUUCCAUACGCCGCCAGACUCCCCACCACCACUCGCCAGACCACGUUCCAGGACAUCGGACAGCGAGGAAGAGGACCUCGUGCCACCUACAGCUCUGGAGGAUGCGGAGGAGAUGCUGCCAGCGGAGCAGAGCGCCAUCCGGGCGCGCGACGCUUCGCCGUCGGCAGAGGCGACCCUCCGGGAGGCGCACGGUCGCCUCGCAGGGCUCCUCCAUACUGCGGCUUCGCUUCUCGCGGAGAUCAGUCCCACGGUCUCGCCGGUGAAGAAGGGAGCGGCGAUGCUGCUCGUGGACAACGACUCACCGCCAUUUCGCAGCAGGCGGGAAAUUCGGCGGUGCAGCGCGCGUAUUCGGGUGCCAUUUAGUCGCCGGCGCCGAUGGACAUCCCGGCUCUCCACCGUCGGCUUCCUUUUAUUAAAGAGUUUGCGGCUACCAGUGGCAACUGGGUGGCCUUCAAGUGGCGGUUCCUCACGAUCGCCGACUUGGCGGGAUGGACAGAGGCGGAGGCGUUGCGGGCGUUGCCUGUUGCCCUCGACGACGACACCCUUGCGGCGUUUCUCGCCAUCCCGCCGCUGGAGAGGUCCACCCUUACUCAGGCUUUCGACCAGAUGGCAUCAAUCUACGAGCCUCCGGCGAAUACGCGCCACAAGUUCGCCACGCGACGGAAGGGGGAAACCGAGUCGGCCCUCGCCUUCCGUAACGCGCUUUUGGCGCUAGCGAAAGCCGCCUUCCCGAAAAUGGACCACGAUGCUAUCGAUGCAUUGGUCCUCAAGAGACUGCUGGCCUUGGCAAAAGUCCUCCACACCAUUCUUCCAGCCGAAGAUGAUGACAUCUCGUCUCUCAAGAUUGCUAAGUGCAGCCAAGCCCAGCAACUUCUACAACAAGACAGGGCGCAGGUGACAUGUGCCGCGUCCCGCAUGGAGCCGGGGCCACCGAAUGGAGCGGAGCCCGUUUCGGCAUGCGCAUCGACUCGGGGUGGAGGCAACCGGUGUGAUGGUCGAGCGCGACGGACGGACGAGCAGCGGCGGCCAAGGUCGUCGUCUCGUUCCGGAGGCGGCCGUGUUACCUGCUACAAUUGCUGCCUGGCGGGGCACGUGUCAUCGGGCUGCCACGUACCACAACGGCGCCUCCCAGCAUCGCCGCCAUCCUACGCUUCCCUACACCCUAAGGCGAGUCGCGACGCACUCCACACUCGACCCCUAGCUUCACCUCACCCAUCUAGGCGUUUCGGUUCGCGUCCUGGUCACGCGUCGGUACGGGGGGGUCCUAUGCGUGAUUGUGAGUUUCGUCCGCUCCAACCGGAUCAGUGGUCAGAACUAGCCCAUCGAGUGGUGGCUACGGCCGCGGGUUCAUAUGCCGUACUUGGGUUUAUUGAGGGUGUGGAAUAAGGAUGUUUGUUGACAUGGGUGCGAUGGCAACUAUCAUCUCGGAAUUGAUCUACAAUAUUUUGCCCUCUAAGUGUCGGGUUCUAGACCCUGUUGAUGCACCGUGGUUCGCCGCUAACAGCGGCUCAUUGACUAUUAUUGGUCGGAUAACGGCCGAGGUGCGCAUCGCUGAUGUUAAAUUGUCGGGACAUAUUCUUGUCUCCACGUCCCUGGCUGUACCAUGUUUACUUAGAACCAAUUUCUUUGGAAGGAUGCCUUUGAAAAUCCGCAUUGACCGUGGCUGUUUGGAAUUGCCAUCCGGCUUUCAUAUGGCAUUUUUGCCUUCCCCCACCCGUUUGUGUACGGCCAACGCUACGGUGCAGGCGCUCGCGCGCCGAACGGUCAGAAUUCCCCCCGGCGCACAGAUGUUAGUUCCCCUCCGCUUAUGGAAGCCGCUCGAUUUGGGGGCUACGAAGCGCGGAAUUGUUUUGGGACCUUCUGAGGUCAGUUGCGGACUGACUUUAAUGUCCAACGACCAGGAACCUUUUAUUAAGGUUUUUAAUGCUGGGUUGAACACCACGGUCAUCCAGGAGGGUACUGUGUUGGCUCAUGCGUCACCGGCGCGUCCGGAAGGGGGCGUCGUAGGGAAUGUGGGUGCUAAAUCUUGCACACGACAACCCUGGGACGUGGAUAAAGGUUAAAUAAACAAACUAUGUGCUGAGAGUGGCACUUUGUCCGUGGACCAGAUAGGAAGGCUACGGGUGUUCUUGCAUGAAUUUUAGGAUAUUUUUAGCAAGGGAAAAUUUUACAUUGGAUGCACGUCGCUCCUGAGUCACCACAUUGAUACGGGCGACGCGGCCCCUAUCCAGCAGAAUCCCUACCGGCUGAGCCCGGCGGAAAAGGAACAUGUUCGGCUGGCGGUUGAUGAGAUGUUGGCCGCAGACAUCAUUUCAUCAUCCACCAGUCCCUGGGGAGCUCCUAUUGUGCUUGUGAAGAAGCACAAUGGUAGCUUACGAUUUUGCGUUGAUUUUCGAAAGCUUAAUAAGGUUUCUGUUGCGGAUGCGUAUCCCUUGCCUCGCAUGGAUGACUCGCUUGACGCGUUGGCGGGGGCAUGUUUCUUUUCUACCCUCGAUCUCUUAUCUGGGUUCUGGCAGUUGCCGCUUGACGAUGCUUCAAAACUAAGACGGCCUUUCGCAUGCCUCAGGGAUUGUUCGAAUUUAAUCGGCUUCCUAUGGGACUUCAUUCCGCACCAACCACGUUCCAAAGUUUGAUGGAACUGGUCCUGGCGGGUCUCCAGUGGGACUUGUAUUUGAUAUAUCUCGACGAUGUAAUCGUCUUCAGCCGCACUUUCGAUGACCACUUGGUCAGCCUGCGUGCCGUCUUCCUAAAAAUGCAUGCGGCUAACCUUACAUUUAAACCUCAGAAAUGUCACCUCCAGAAAUCGGUUCGGUAUCUUGUACACAUUGUUAAUGAAUCUGGUAUUGCGACCGACCGGGAGAAAACUGGGUGCGUCCGAACUUGGCCAACCCCCACCUUGGUGAGUGAGGUGCGCAGUUUAAUUGGCUUUGCAUCCUAUCGCCGUUUCGUUGUCCGGUUCGCGUCAAUUGCAAAACCUCUCCACGCGUUAACGGCUAAGGGUCAUAAGUUUCAUUGGGGGGAGGAAGAGGAGGCUGCAUUUCGUGCCAUCCGCGAUGGAUUGGUGAACGCCCCUUCCCUUGUGUUUUCCGGAUUUUUCAUUGCUGUUCAUCCUUUAUACGGAUGCUAGCAAUACCGGAAUUGGAACCGUCUUGUCGCAGGGUGGAGAGCGUUGUUGCGUACGGCAGUAGGAUGCUGUCUCCGGUCGAACAGCAAACUGUGUUACGCGCCGUGAAUUGCUGGCCAUUGUGGUUUUUGUGCAGCAAUAUCGCCCCUACUUGUACGGUAGAUGAUUUGAGGUGCGCUCCGAUCAUGCAGCGCUCCAAUAUGCGCUGCGUGUGGACCAGCCGUCAGGCCAAUUAUCACGCUGGCUGGAGAUCCUGCAGGACUUCUCGUUCCAUGUCAUGUACCACAAGGGUUCUCGUCAUACGAACGCCGAUGCCCUGUCGCGAUUACCAACGACCGGAGGGUUUGCAUGUUUUUCGGGUUCCGGGCGGUGUAAACCGACCGAUGUGACUUAGCUUUCUCCUCUUGCGGCAUCUGCCGAUACGGCGACAGGCGGGACAGGCGCCGGUCCGGUCGCACGCGAUGCGCUCAUUGGCCUGGAUUACGAGGAAUGGGGACACCUUCAGGUGGAAGACGCUUCGCUACUCAAAUUGCAGCGUUGUGUGAGGGAAGCUGAUAGGGGCACGGAUCGACGCGGCGUCGCCUCGGUUGUUCUGCGGGGCAGCUUAGUCAUGCAUUGGGACGGGAGGCUGCGCCGUUAUACCAUAGUCGUCCCCACUGCCCUCCAAGGCGAGGUUAUUUGGGCUGUGCAUGAGCGUCUCUUGCACCUGGGCGUGCAGAAGACGCUGGCCACGCUGAAACUGGAUUUCUAUUGGCCGGCCAUGUCUGCGUAUGUGGAAAAUUUGCUCAUAGGGUGCGUGCAGUGUGCUUGGCGGAAGCCGCCGGCGAAACCCUGUCACCCCCCCUUGCAGUCAAUUUAGGUGUCGCGUGUCAAUGAACUUGUUGCUGUGGACAUCCCUUGUUCCGUUCCCCACUACCGCUCGAGGGAACAAAUACCUGCUUGUGGGGGUCGAGUAUUUUUCACGAUGGCCUGUCACCGGGCCGCUCCCUAAUCAAUCGGUUGUGACUAUUACUGAGGCAUUCCUCAAUGGUUAUGUUAUGGACAAGGGUGCUCCUGAACGCCUUUUGACCGAUCAGGGCAAUAAUUUAUCUUCUAAAUUGCUGCAUGAGGUCUGCGCUUUGUUGAGAACGAAGAAGGUGCGCACGUCACCAUUCCACCCGCAGGUGGACGACAUGGUCGAACGGCUACAUAGGACUCUCUACGGUCCUCACGGCUUACAGGAUGGCCCCGCACGCGUCCACUGGCUACUCACCAUUUUUUUUAUGUAUGGAAGGGAAUACGUCCCCCCCCCAUCGAUGUGCAGUUACAGGCCACGCCCAAAAUGUAUAAAUGCAAGAUUUCUGACUCUGUUCGUUUCACUCUUCAAAAGCUUUCCGAGGCACGGGAAGCUUCCAGGGUUAAUUCCGAGUCACGACAAUUGGCCAACGAACGGCUUAAGGGAGUGCAUGCUUCUCUGUAUGAAUGGACACCUGGGGACAAGGCCUGGUUGCACUGUCCGCAGGUGCGGGUGGGUACAUCGCCUAAGUUACUCCAGCCCUGGCGGGGGCCGGUCAAUGUUGUUUGGGUUGGUCGACCAGUGUGUCCAGAUCAGCUUGGGUCGGCGGAGUUGGUUUGUGCAUCCCUCUCACCUGAAACUGUUUAUCACGCCGUGCGAAUUCGUUUCAUCUCCAUAUCGCAGGGGCCGAGUGUCGAAUGCGUCCGACGAGCCGGGGUGUGUGCCUGCUGCGGUUGGUCCUCAGCGGAGCGAUUCUGUU